CUUGAUAUACCUCAUGCCAAAGUAUAUAGAAUCACAGCAACUUAGUUUUUAUAACUGCUUCAUUUGUCAUCACACUGUGGCACACAAACUGUGUAAAACUGUGUUAACUUUCACCUAAUGUCAAAAGAUGACUUUAGAAAAACUUGGUCAGUCAGUGUUCACUCCACCCCAUAGCAAAAUGUGUAACAUUGCAAAAAAUUACUUUAACACUGCAUAACAACAUGCUUAGGGACCCCAAAAGGCUAGAUGUGGGAGGAGGUGACAAUGGAUUUGAUAUAAAAGAAAGUACCAAACGAAAAAAAAGACAGGGAGGCAGAGAAUCAACCUGGGCCGCUGGAAAGACCUACACGUUACAGGGUUAUGAUUGUCUCAAUUCCAACACUGCUUUCAUACAGACAGAGGGUUUGUAUCUAAUCAACAAACAGAGACACCUGCAGGAAUUUCAACUUUCAAGGGCUUAAUUGACUUCCUUUGCUGCACAACAGCUAGCUGAAGCAGAAUCGGGGAAAGCCAAUAUGAAGUUCGUCACCUUGACUGUGAUUAUGUCAUUGCUCGGGACAAACAUGGCGUUGGUCUUAAACAGAAAAACAGGUGGCGCUGCCGUCCCACUAGAUGUCCAGGAGGUUGCUUGUGAAAUGCCCCGAGCCUGUGACAUGAGCAAAUACAGUGACUGGUACAGAGUGGGAUCCACCUGUGUCAAGUACUUCAAGACUCCUCUCAACUUCAGUAUGGCUGAGAUGGAGUGCAGGUCUGCUGCCCCCAGUGGCCACCUGGUGUCAGUGCACAACUGCAUGGUCAACUCGGAUGUCCUCUGCCUGGUGAAGAAGCAUAACCCCCAGAACCUUCGCUUCUGGCUGGGCGGAUUUGAACUCUUCCAGUCUGGUCAGUAUAUGUGGACGGACGGGUCCAAAUGGGAUUUCGAAGAGUGGACCCCAGGAGAGCCCAUCUCACGGUGGAAGAACCGCGAGGACUGUGUGGAAAUGAACUGGAGCCAUGUCGGGAAGUGGAACGAUGACACCUGUUCCAAAAAGAAGGGAUACAUGUGUGCCUUCAAGCGUUCUCAUUCUUCCUUGGACGGAGCUGUUUGAAAUGGUACCCUAAUCCACACAUAGUGCACUCAUUUUGACCGAAGUCCUAUAGGCGGUGCAAUGGAAAGGGUCCCAUGUGACCCCCAUCCAGCUUUCUGACACUGAAACCGAACCACGGAUGGGUGUCUGCUUCAAGCCAACUAAAAAAACAUAUAAAUAAAGUGUUAAGCAAU